UUGACAACAGUGUUCGCAACAAAAAAAUGUGACAUAACAAAAUAGCAACGAACGAAACCCAAAAAAUGAAUAAUUAUUAGUUUUGAUUUUACAUACAGAAUAUAGAAUAUCAUAGUACUAUAAAAUGUUUUCCUUGCGGUGUCAUCAACUAAUUCGCUCGUUCUACAGCAUUCACACAAAUUGGACGCUUAAAGAAGUUUCUCCCAAUCCCAGUGGUCCAUGUAAUCAAAGAGCAAUAUCAACAUCUCCAACAUUGCUUGUUGACUACUACGAAGCACUGGGUAUACCUGCGAAGUCAACGCAAAAUGAAAUCAAAGCAGCUUAUUAUAAACUGUCUAUGAUAUACCACCCGGAUAAAAAUCAAGGAAGCGAUUCGGCUGCAAAGAAGUUCCGAGAGAUUACCCAAGCAUAUGAGGUACUAAGUAACUACCGCUUGAGGAGACUAUAUGAUAAAGGAAUAAUCCACACAGCAGGAUCCCAGUAUGCUCAAGCAGAUAAUAUUAGACAAGAGGAAGAGGUUAAAGAGGAUGAUCCUCAAACUAAAUUCUACAAGUCACGAUUUACAAAAUCAAAAGUAGCUAACCCUCAAGGCAACAAUCCCAUCUAUGAUUUUGAUGAAUGGGCAAGAGCACAUUAUGGAAAAUCUUUGAAUCGUAAAAAGGCUGCCCAACAGAAAUACGAACGCAAGGAAGCCGCUAGAAAAGAAGAGAAUAUAGGAUUUCAAAACGAAAUAGUUAUAUAUGGUGUUGUUGUUGGUGUAAUUCUAUUCUUUAUUGUUGGUAACAUGGAAGCAUCCUACGAUAAACCUAGGAGAAAUAAAAAGGACGAUUGAACAAUCCCGAUUCUAUAGAAAAACCUUAGCAAAAUUGUGAAGACUUAGAGUAAUAUGUAAAAUAAAACGAUAUUCAUGAGUGA